AACAAGCCACACGAUUCAUCCAAUCAUACCUCCCACCUCUCAUCUCUUGUCCACGUCAUUUCAUUGGAUAAUUCUAACAUUAGAAAAUGAGCGGUUGGUGAGUAUAUAUUGGUGGGAUUGAUUCAGGGAAAUCCAUCAACUGUUCUAGCAAUGUUGCCUGUUUGCUCAGCCACCACUGGCUGUUCUACUCAUUCACAGAUCUGCAUUCAUGGGGGAUUAAGAUCCACCACCUAUUGGAUAACAUCUGAGAUUAGAUGCAAUGUUGUGGACAGGGCGGUCCCUGACUUAUUCAACAAAACUCAUCCACAGGGAGUUUGGUUGGGGAAACAACCAGCUAAACUUUCCUACUCUAACUUUAUGGAUCAAAGUGAACGUUCUGGCUCUGUGGAUACUAUUACUAGGUGUUCCUUUCAUAAGGAGCUCAAUGAUCACCAAUUUGAGUUACUAUCUAAUGGCAGUUGCACAACAGGUGGAAUGAAUGAAUCAUUUGCCACCAGGGCAGGCAGUAUUCAGUUUGUUGAGAAUUCUGAUAUGUAUGCUCAACAGGAGGAACUAAUGGUUUUCACGAAUCGGAUUGAUGAAACUAAUAUUUCACCUCAGCCAGCUAAUCCAGACUCAAUUUUGAGCAUGGAUGGCAUUCAAGAUGAUCCUUCAUUACCACCUGAUACAUAUAAUGCGGAUACGGAUUCCCUGUCGAGUAUUAAAACAAGUGUCGUGGAUGUUGUUGCUGAAACUAACAAGUCUAUAAGUGAUAUAGUCAAUGAAGGGCAAAAUUUUCUGAACAGCUCAAUUGAUACAGUUAUUUCUUCAAUACAGUCUGCUUUUAGAGAAGCUAAUGAAGCACUUAAUAAUGCCACUGGAGAGCUGAAGUCAUCUACUGAUAGAAUUGGAGAAUUAGCUGGCAGUAAAUUAUCCUCCUUUUCUAGUGACUUAAAGGAAGCCUCAGGCAGACUUGGGAUUACUGCUCUUGAUGGGCUGAGGCAAUCAAUAAUUGUGGUUGAGGAAUCUCUGGCAAAGGGUUUUACAUCUGCUGCAUAUGGCUAUGGUACAGUGAAGGAGUUGCUUCCCACAGAAAUCCAGAACGCACUCAGUGCAUCUGAGAACAAGUUAUCAGAAUUCUUGAGGCCAGUUGGUUCAGCAUUUCAACAAGGUUACAGCACGUUGCAAGGAUUGGAAGAGAAACUUGGCUUGGACCCCAAUGAUCCAAUCAUCCCAUUUCUUCUCUUUAUUGGAGCAUCGGCCACUUUAUGGGUUUAUUACUGGGUAUACAAUUACAGUGGAUACACUGGAGAUUUAUCUCCCAGAUCGACUUUGGAGCUCUUGACAGGGAAUGAAGAUGGUGUACUGAUUGAUAUUCGGCCUGAGGACCUCAGGGAAAGAGAUGGUAUUCCUGAUCUUCGACGAGCAGCCCGAUAUCGAUAUGCCAGUAUAGUGCUACCAGAGGUUGACGUCUCUCUGAAAAAGUUACUUAAGGCAGGGAGAAAUCUUGAUGAUUUGUUGAUUGCUGCUGUUAUUGGGAACUUAAAGAAUGUUCAAGACAGAUCGAAGGUUGUUGUUUUGGAUGCUAAAGGUGUUCGCUCCAAAGGAAUAGCAAGAGCAUUGAGGAAGCUUGGGGUUAAGAAUUCAUAUGUGGUCCAAGGCGGGUUUCAGUCUUGGGUUAGAGAAGGUCUUCGAAUUAAAGAUUUAAGACCAGAGACAGCUCUAACCAUACUCAAUGAGGAUGCCGAGGCAAUAAUACAAGACUUCAAUCCAACACCACUUCGACUUCUUGGGUAUGGAAUGGGUUUCGCUGCAGUAUCCUAUGCAGCCAUAGAGUGGGAGAAGACACUUCAGAUUGUCGGUAUUAUUGGUCUUGGUCAGAGUAUAUACAAGAGGAUUGCUUCCUAUGAAAACACUGAGGAUUUUAAGCAGGAUGUGAGGCUAUUGCUCGCUCCAGCUAGAUUAGGAGGUCAAGCAAUUUCAUGGGCCACUGGCAAGUUAGAAACAAACCGCAACGGACUGCCAACAUCACCUUCAUCUUCAGAUGUUCAGAGCAGAGUGUUGCAAGCUGCUGCAAAGCACGAAUCCCAACCAUCUGACAGUGAAGAUACUGAAAAUCCAUCUCCAGAAGUGACAGGUCCUAAAGAGAAUAUGGAUCUUUCUGAAGCAUAGAAGUAAAGAUUCUAAUGCAUUCCAUACAUUCUGGUCGUCUGUGUUGAGUUUAAUCAGCCUGUUUAGUACUGUUGCUUGUAAGAUGCCUGUCAAAUACUACGGUGAUGUCUCAUUUUACUGGACGGAGUCGGUCUACUACUGAGAUACUAAUGCAGAUCACAGUUUUGGCUUUUCUGUCUGUUGCAUAAUGUGGAUCGCAUUCUCUACGCUCAUCAAAGAAUUCAGCUCUUUAGUAUGAAUUCUACAGAUGCUCUUUGGAUUGGAGGAUUCAA